CUCGGUAGGUAGUUAGCAGCGUUGUCUGUAGAAGCCGCGGGACGUAAAGCAGCCUAUAUCGUCGUUGCUCUCAGCUGGCCUCUCUCCAGUAAAAGGUAAAGUUAUGAUGAGCUCUUCAGCCUCCCUGGCUCCUGCUCGCAGCCUCGGCUCGGUGCGCCACAGCCCGCCGCUGUCCUCCAGUUUAGCACACACACUGAGCCUGUUGGACUCCGCUGCGGAGCGACUGGUGCUGCACAGGGACUUCCAGGCAGCUUUCGACGCCUGUGACAGAGGCCUGGAGGCUCUGGCCAGCGUGGAGCAAGAGGACAGCAGGUGUGGAGAGUUUAAGGCAGCCCUCUGCAUUUUAGGGAUUCAAGCCCUGGCUGAACUGAAUCAGUGGCAUGGGGUACUGUCUUGGAUCCUUCAGCAUUAUGAGCGCCAGGAGGAAAUACCUGCUAAGAUAAUGCAGAUGUGCAUACUUCUCUACACCAAAGUGGGCGAACAAGCCAUGAUGCAGGAGGCAGCCAGAGUUUGGCUGCACUGCCCGUCCAACAGCAGGUUGGCAGGGUACGGGACGGUGGCAGAGCUCUACCUGCUGCACGUCCUCGUGCCUCUGGGUCACAUGGACGAGGCACGGGAGUUAAUUCUCGGUGAGGUUGGAAGUGGCGCGUUCACAGAGGACCAGAGGCAGGUAGCGCUGGAUGUUGUCGAGGAAAAACAACGUCAAAAUCAGGAGCCGCCUCCAGAUCCCAGCCGCAGCCCGAGCCCUGAAAACACAGCACACAGAGCUUCACCUCGAGGUGCUGUGAUCCAGAGACUUGAAGCCAUGCUGAGGCUUUUGUAUAGAAGACUGUCGAUCAGCGUUGGCUCAUUCCCUCUGCGGAGAGUCUUUCUGGCUGUUGUCCUUCUCUACAUGCUUCUUGUUCGAAUAGAUCCAGCAUUUCCCUCUUCGUUCGUCUGGAUUUCCAAACUUCUUGAGCUGCUGAAGCAGAUGUGGAACACCAUGUUUGCACCGUACUAUCGGGCACUUGCUCAGAGCAAAGGACUGUAAAUCUUUUUCUGUCCAUCUGUUUUGAUUCAUUGUUCAGUGUAUUUGAUUGCAAGUAAAGAGUCCAUCAUUAACUGAUGGUUUAU